UACCUCCCUCAAUUUCUCCUUCAUUGGGAACUCCUUAAGACCUCUCUCCUAUCUAUCUCCACGCAGACCCAUUUUGUGCCGCACUACCAACUUAUCCUCCUCCGUUUUCAUGGCCGCCACAGCUUCGAAGCCUUCCGAUUCGCCUUGCACGCUGGUUCUGUGCGGAAAAUCCGCCGCCGAGAACGAGAUUGCCAAGUCGCUCAGGGACAACGCCGCUCUGAAGCUGGCGGAAAACGACGGCGUUUCGGUUCUUCUCCAAUCGGAAUUGGACAAACCGGUCGAGGAAGGCUCGUUCCGAGUCGAUUCGUUCGUGAAAUCUCUCUCCACAAAUCGCUUCGGCAGGUUCCUCCUCUGGUCUCCGCUGUUGCCUUCUACGCACGACGUCGUUUCUCUGAAUUUCGGACAGCUUCCGGUCGGUUCGGUCUGCGUUGCUGAUAUUCAAUACAAAGGGCGAGGGCGGUCAAAGAAUCUAUGGGAAUCCCCAAAGGGCUCCCUUUUGUUCUCUUUUACAUUGCAGAUGGAGGACGGAAAUGUUGUGCCUCUCGUGCAAUAUGUGGUCUCUCUUGCAGUCUCGGAGGCAAUAAAAGAGAUUUGUGAUAAAAAUGGUCUACCAUUCGUUGACGUUAGAAUAAAAUGGCCGAAUGAUCUCUACUUGAACAAUCUCAAAGUUGGAGGAGUUCUCUGCACUUCAACCUAUAGGUCAAAGAAGUUUGAUGUCAGUGUCGGUAUAGGUCUGAAUGUUGAUAAUGAAAAGCCGACGACAUGUUUGAAUGCAUUUCUUAAAGAAUUGUCAGAUGUGGAUUACAAGUUUGCAAGAGAAGAUAUUCUUGCGAUCUUCUUUAGCAAAUUUGAAAAGUUCUUUGAUAUUUUCAUAGAUCAAGGAUUUCAGGCUCUCGAGGAGCUAUACUAUAAAACAUGGCUACACAGUGGGCAGAGAGUUAUUGUGCAAGAAAAUAAUGAGGACAAAGUGGUAGAAAAUGUAGUCACAAUACAGGGUUUGACCUCCUCGGGAUACUUGCUAGCUGUUGGUGAUGACUGUCGGAUGUGUGAACUUCAUCCCGAUGGGAAUAGGAGAAAAAAGAAAGAUUCUUCCCUCCAAGAAGCCAACUAUCAUUGGGGUGUCUCACUGUAGGACAGUCCAACACCUAGACAACAGAAUGUCCUUCCCCUGUAGGGUACAUGUUCUCCUCUUUGAAUUUUAUUUUAGUAUUUGUAACUUUGUGGCAAAAAUAAAAUAAAAUAAGCACUUAUCUUUAUUUGCCUUCCCCACAUGCAAGGCCGGCCCUUAUAUAUUCAACAAAAUGUCAAAGUGACAAGCAUUGUUGUUAUGGCCGUGAACCUUUUAACUCAAGGUGGGGGUCCAUUGUGGCACAAAUUGUCUCUAUUUUAUGGCAAUGUGGGAAAAACGUUUUGCGAAUUGAGUCAAGUCAUCUUCAAGAAAAGCUGCAAAAGGCCAAUGUUUAAGAUAUUUCUUGUUAGGUUCCAGUUCUUUGGUUUCAUGGUUGAUUGGCUUUUGAGAUUUAUUUCCAAGUUUAGGGUCCGCCAAUGUGGCCAACACGUCAG